AUGAUGAGACAAGGGCACAAUUAUGGAACCGAUCAGGAAAGCGCCGAUACUUCACCGUGGGGUAUUUCGGAAUCGGAAACCGAACCCGAACUAGCAAUGUUGGACAAAGGUGCACCCGGAACACGUCCAAUUAUUCGAGUCCCUCCCCGAGGUCUUCGUCUCACAGAAGGUACCGACGCUAUCCUUCAAUCGAAUAUCGUUGGCAAUCCAAAACCGAAGAUUUACUGGCUCUUCAAUGGGAAUCCGAUUCGAAUCAGUGGACCACGAAUACAGAUGACCUUCCGAGGUGAGUCCUCAAAUCGUUCAGAACCUUCAGAAACAAUCAGAUCCAUUUAUAUGAAUUUAGAAUAG